AGGCUCUGAUUGGUCUUUCAUGCCGUCUAGUACACGGGCUGUAACACUGCCCUACUUCCCACUGGACUGCUGGAUUCCUGCACAGUGCACACGGCUCUUACGGCGCACUGGCUGGUCAUGGCGUUGCGGACUGUCCGAAACUUACCCUGUUUUUUAAGUGUCCUCGGCGUGUUUCUCCUCAGCAGUGGCCCACAACGGGUCUUCUCAUGCCCGAGCCGCUGUUUAUGUUUCCGAACCACUGUCAGAUGUAUGCAUUUAAACCUGGAAUCAGUGCCCGCUGUUCUUCCUCAGACAACAAUCCUAGAUCUGAGAUUCAACAAAAUCAAGGAUUUACAGCCAGGAUCCUUCAGACGAUUAAAAAACCUCAAUACACUGCUUUUAAAUAACAACCACAUUAGAAGAAUCCCAAGAGGAGCCUUUGAAGAUUUGGAAAACCUAAAAUAUCUCUAUUUGUACAAGAAUGAAAUCCAGGCGAUAGACAGAGAAGCUUUUAAGGGGCUUGUCUCUCUAGAACAACUAUACCUGCACUUCAACAACAUUGAGUCUUUGGAGCCGGAGUCUUUCUCUCAUCUUCCCAAGCUGGAGCGGCUGUUUCUGCACAAUAACAGAAUUACUCAUCUUGCAUUAGGAACCUUCUCCCACCUGCAGUCCAUGAAGAGACUGCGCCUCGACUCGAACUCACUGCACUGUGACUGUGAACUUCUGUGGUUGGCCGAUCUGUUGAAGCAGUACGCAGAGUCUGGUAACGCUCAAGCCGCAGCUACAUGCGACUAUCCGAGCCGCUUGCAUGGACGCUCGGUCGCAACUCUCACUGCAGAAGAGCUCAACUGUGAAGUUCCCCGGAUCACAUCUGAGCCGCAGGAUGUGGACGUAACCUCUGGGAACACUGUGUACUUCACAUGCAGGGCAGAGGGCAACCCCAAACCUCAGAUCAUCUGGCUCAGAAACAACAAUGCUCUGAACAUGAGGGACGACACACGUCUCAAUCUCCUGGAAGAUGGGACCCUGAUGAUCCAGGACACGCGGGAGACAGACCAGGGUGUGUAUCAGUGCAUGGCCAAAAACGUGGCUGGAGAGGUGAAGACCUCAGAGGUCACCCUGCGAUACUUCAGAUCACCAGCUCGACCUAGUUUCGUGAUCCAGCCACAGAAUACCGAGGUUCUGGUCGGGGAGAGCGUGACCCUGGAGUGCAGUGCGACGGGUCAGCCACAGCCCCGCGUGACCUGGACCAAAGGAGACCACACGGCCCUCCCAGUGGACCCUCGCAUCAACAUCACUCCUUCAGGAGGUCUCUUCAUCCAGAAUGUCAAUCAGGCCGAUGGGGGACAGUACACCUGCUUCGCAAGUAACAACGUGGACACCAUCCACGCCACUGCGUAUAUAAUAGUACAGGCUCGUCCUCAGUUCACAGUGACCCCUCAGGACCAGUCUGUGCUGGAGGGUCAUACAGUUGACUUUCCCUGCGAGGCCAGCGGAUACCCUCAGCCGGUCAUAGCAUGGACUCGCGGCGGUAGCCCCCUGCCUAAUGACAGGCGGCAUGUUGUUCUCUCAUCGGGGAGCUUGCGCAUCAGCCGCGUGGCCCUUCAUGACCAGGGCCAGUACGAGUGCCAGGCGGUCAGUCCUGUUGGCACUGUCAGAGCAGCUGUUCAUCUCAACAUCCUGCAAACCGUAAGGCCUGUUUUCACAAGCGCUCCAAGGGAUACGACUGUGGAGUCUGGAUCAGAUGUCCAGAUUCCGUGCAGCGCGCAGGGUGAGCCCACACCUAUCAUCACAUGGAGCAAGGGUGUGGUGUAGAUUACAGAGAGUGGGAAGUUUCAUAUUAAUCCAGAUGGCUAUCUGGAAGUGCAGGACGUGGGGCUUGCCGAUGGGGGACGAUAUGAGUGUGUAGCCCGCAACUCCAUUGGAUAUUCCUCAUCUAGUAUGGUGCUAACAGUGCAAGUCCCACAGGUGAGCAGGGAGGGUGAUCCGUUUGUCUCAACGUCCCUUGAAGAGGCCAUUCGGAGCAUAAACAGCGCAAUAGACUCCACCAGGAGGCAGCUCUUUGAUGGAUCUCCUCGUACCCCUGCAGAGCUUCUGGCUCUGUUUCGUUACCCCCGGGACCCCUACAUGUUGAGUCUUUUAAUUUUAACGCGGGUCCGGGGAAUUGUGAACACAGUGGAGCAGGCCAGAGCGGGAGAGAUUUUUGAGCAGACCCUACUUCUCAUCCAGAGGCAUGUCAACCAGGGCCUCAUGGUGGACACUAAUGGAACAGCCUACCGCUACAAUGACUUGGUGUCACCACGUUUCCUGGAUAUGAUAGCUAACCUGUCUGGCUGCACGGCCCAUCGGCGCUUCAACUUUGAUAGUUUAUCUGAUAUCUGCUUAAGUAUGGAGUAUAUGAUGGAUGUUGGCAAUUGCAUGCAGCACCCUAUGUGGGGCGCCUCACUCACUGCCUUUGAGCGCUUGCUAAAACCAGUCUACGACAAUGGCUUCAAUCUCCCACGUGGUGCAACUGAGCGAAGGCAUAACAGCUUCACUCUGCCUCUUCCACGCCUGGUCUCCACUUCCAUGAUUGGGACAGAGACCAUCACCCCAGACGAUCGCUACACACACAUGCUUAUGCAAUGGGGCCAGUUCCUUGACCACGACCUGGAUUCAACCGUUGUAUCCCUCAGCCAGUCUCGUUUCUCCGAUGGACAGUUGUGUACCUCGGUGUGCACCAAUGACCCACCUUGUUUUCCAAUCAUGUUCCCUCCUGACGAUCCACGGCAGCGGCGCAAUGGAGCACGUUGCAUGUUCUUUGUGCGCUCUAGUCCCGUUUGCGGCAGUGGAAUGACCUCUCUGCUUAUGAACUCUGUGUAUCCACGUGAGCAAAUGAACCAGCUCACCUCCUACAUCGAUGCCUCCAAUGUUUAUGGCAGCUCACAGCACGAGGCAGAAGAGAUCCGUGACUUGGCCAGCCAUCGGGGCAUGUUGCGGCAGGGUAUUGUGCAACGCACCGGCAAGCCAUUGCUCCCCUUUGCAACUGGCCCACCAACAGAGUGCAUGCGGGAUGAAAACGAAAGUCCCAUUCCUUGCUUCCUAGCUGGGGACCAUCGAGCCAAUGAGCAGCUUGGGUUGACAGCUAUGCACACAGUUUGGUUCCGUGAACAUAACCGCAUAGCGAGCGAGUUGCUACGUCUCAAUCCCCAUUGGGAUGGCGACACCAUUUACCAUGAGGCACGGAAGAUAGUCGGAGCCCAAAUGCAGCAUAUAACCUACAACCAUUGGUUGCCCAAAAUACUGGGCGAGGCUGGCAUGAGGCUAAUGGGCGACUAUAAUGGCUAUAAUCCCAAUAUUAAUGCUGGCAUCCUCAAUGCUUUUGCCACUGCUGCGUUCCGCUUUGGCCAUACACUCAUUAACCCCAUUCUGUACCGGCUUGAUGAAAACUUUCAGCCCAUCCAGCAAGGACACAUUUCAUUGCAUAAGGCUUUUUUCUCACCCUUCCGUAUUGUGAACGAAGGAGGCAUCGAUCCUCUGCUCCGUGGCUUGUUUGGAGUGGCGGGAAAAAUGCGAGUGUCCACUCAACUGCUUAACACAGAACUUACCGAACGCCUUUUCUCGAUGGCGCACGCCGUGGCGCUUGACCUUGCUGCCAUGAAUAUCCAAAGGGGACGAGACCACGGUAUACCACCUUACAAUGACUACCGGGUGUUCUGCAACCUGACGUCCGCGCAGACGUUUGAUGAUCUAAGGAAUGAGAUUCAGAACCCCAGCGUGCGAGAAAAGCUUCAGAGGCUGUAUGGCACACCUCAGAAUGUUGACCUGUUUCCUGCGCUGAUGGCUGAAGAACUGGUGCCUGGCAGCAGACUGGGACCGACCCUCAUGUGUUUACUGGCAACCCAGUUUAAGCGUCUCAGAGAUGGUGACCGGUUUUGGUAUGAGAACCCUGGCUCCUUUAGCCCUGCUCAGUUGACUCAGCUGAAGCAGACGUCUCUCGCCCGGGUGCUGUGUGACAAUAGUGACAACAUCACCCGAAUCCAGUCAGAUGUCUUUAGCGUAGCUGAAUUCCCUCAUGGUUAUGGAAGCUGUGACGAUUUACCAAAGAUUGACCUACGUAUGUGGCAGGACUGCUGUGAAGACUGCCGUACUAAAGGUCAGUUCAACGCCCUGUCUUACCACUUCAGAGGCCGCAGGUCAGCGGAGCACAGCUAUGCAGAGGAGAAACCUGCCACCAACCUCACUGACAACAGCAGCGCUUUGGAAGAAGCUCUAACCACAGUAAACAUAACUGUAUUACCAAAGUCAAGCACUGAACCCUCCAUUAAGGAUUUCCAAGACUUUGUUGCUGACAUGCAGAAAACUAUCACAAGUUUACGAAAACAGAUAAAAAGACUUGAAGGCCGUCUGAGCAGGAGAGACUGUGCAGAUGAGGACGGGAGAGAGCGAGUAGAUGGAGAGAGUUGGAAGAAGAACCCCUGCACCACCUGUCAGUGUCACGAUGCCCAGGUGACGUGUUUCGUGGAAAAGUGUCCGCAGGCAGCAUGUCUGAAGCCAGUGAUACCCAAAGGCUCGUGCUGCCCCGUGUGCCUUAACCAGCCGUCACAACCGCAGGAUAAUGAGCGCUACGUAUAACCUCAGCACACUUAACCAAUGUGACCUUGAGCUCAUGCCUCCAAUUGUUCCAUAGUUGCGUUUCAGGGUUUUUUUGUUGUUUGUCACGUAUUGGUAUUUUUUGUUUGCAUAUCCUCAGAUGCCCUAAACAAAGAACCAAAAAUACACUGCCUUAAAAAAGUAUUUGAACAGAUGAAUGUUGGGGCCCUGUUUUCUUCCUCAGACAUGUUAACCGAGAGACGACUACCCAAAGUGUCCAUUUACGAGACCGAGGAUGGACGGCUCCGGUCCUGGAGGGACACUUUCCUGCAGAGUUCAGCUCUAUAACUAAGCAAACACACCAAACCAAAGUCUUCAGGAUUACUUGAAAAUUGCAGUCAGUUGCGUUCAAAAAAAUAUAUAUUUAGGCUUACGUUUGAGAUUAACACAUUUGAAUUGCGUAUAAAAUUUCUGUCCUUUUGGACUGCACAGUUUUUACAUCAACUGGUAGAGUCAAUGCGAUACAUAUUUGUCAGUUAUACUUAAAAGAAAUGGGUAAGAUUUCUAAACUGAAUGUGGUUUAAAUGCACAGUAACCAGGUUUAUAUAUUUAUCAUCAUUACAUUUCAUUUGUUUCAAUCUCGUACAUUUAAACUAACUGAUUAUUGCUUGUUCCAGAGGUAAUCAUAUUUUAACCAUGUAAUUGUUUUCACCAUUAACAGAUUUAUGCUUAUUCUGAGCAAUGUAUUUUGAAAAUGUUGACAUUUAGAUCAAAUCAAAUAGAUGCAAAGAGUUAAAAAUGAACUGCCGUGAUUUUUGGAGUGCCGAAAUCUGUCUUAUUUCAUUAAUGUGUGACUGACACGUUCAUCACAGUUUAUUAGUUGAUCUUAAAACUGUAGAAAACAACUGGAUGGAAAUUUUAUAUGCAAUUCAAAUGCAGAAAUCUUAAAUUUAGGCUUAAAUGUGUUUGUUUGACUGGGGACGGAGCUGAACUCUGCAUGACAAUGCCUUAUUUCUGGUUGUUUUACAGAAGAAGCAUUCUCAGGUUUGAGAUGCCGCAGAACUGGUGCUAUCUUACUCCAUUUAAUUGAUUUACCCAAGUCUUAAGAGUGUUGUUUUAUGCAUUUAAUUGUUUUGCAAUAUGCAAUGCAUCAUACAGUAUAUACACUCAUUAUGUGCUUUUUUUU